AUGAAGUAUACGGCCAGGUACAGUGAGGGCUUAGGGUCCAACUGCUGCUGGGCAAACGACAGACAGGCACCUUAUCAAGGUGGACCAGGCAAACAGUCGGGGAAGCAUCCUGACAUGGAUGAUGCAGCCAGUCCUUGUACGAGGUACUACGGAUGUGUAGCGAGUACAUGUGCGACAAGCGAGUGGAGAAGCCAUAUCUAUGGUGGGGAAGAUCCUACCCUCGUUAUGGGGGUGGAGAAAGGAGUGACAUGGGUGAGGAUGUAUCUUUUUGAGACGCUACAUCAUGGAGAUCCCAAGGCGCAAAAACCGCCCGACAGGCCAUAG